AUGUUACCUUCAAACGUCGCUGGACGAACUAAGAAAUCAGUAGCUUCUACUAUGUCCUUCGUAGGUUAUUGUGUAGGUAACAUUGUUGGAUCUCAAUUGUACCAAGCCAAAGACGCUCCAUUGUAUCGACCAGGUCUUAUAGCCAGUGCGAUCUGUUUCGGCUUGACAUUCGUGGUCAUCUUCAUCCUUCGAUUCUACUACAUCUACGUCAAUGCUAAACGAGAUAGACAAGCUAGGGAAUCAGGUCUGACCGUCGAAGAGAUGGAAAGGUUGGGUAAGAUCAAUGGUGAGAAUGAUUUGACGGAUAUCCAAAAUCCUCAUUUCAGAUAUUCUUACUAA